AUUCUUGUUUAUUUUUUUUUUAAUUAACUGUGUUUGUGAAGAUUUGUUGUGAACUGGGUGUUAGUGACUUUCGCCGUAACACAUACAGGAUGACUAACACGCGUAAUAUAAAGUUCUGGUUCUGCAUGGUGUGCUUGGCUACCUCGAUGGCAGCACCGGCUCCAAUAAAGCUGGACAUCAUUGAUAUGGCUGCUAUCAGUCGAAUGACACCACAACAGCUGGAACUUCUUGCAGAGGGAUUAGCAGCAGAAGAAAUAAUGAGAACCAAACGAUCUUCAGCUCAAGCAAUAACAUCAGCAGUGAUUUCCAAAGCUUCGUCAGGAUUACAGAGUAAAGUUGGUCUCCUUGGCCAGGCAUCCGCUGGUGCAGCUUCAUUCUUAUCUUCAGCUUCGGGAAAAUCUGGACACACUGAACAGGGAUACUCGUAUGAACCGCAAGGAGAAAAAGUUGACUACUGGGGUUUGAAGAAAUCCAUCUUUUACACCUUGUUCCAAGCUGUUAAAGCCAUUACUGGUGGAGUAACUAUCCUGAAGGGUCAGCUCAUCAAAGGAGGUGGUGCACUGGCAUCGACCCUUGGAAAAGUGAUAUCAUCCAAGGGAGACGUCGUUAGCAACUUCGGCAAGAAGAUAGUUAGCUCCGCUGUUUUGAGUGAGAAGAAGCCAGGAUCAACAGCUGUAUACGGACCUCCUCCUACUGCACAUCUGGAGUACGGACCCCCAAGUUCUUACGGUGCGACUGCGCCUGCACAGUACUCGCACACAGCGCCAGCCGCGCCUACAGGAUUUGCUGCUCACAAGUACCCAGCCCAUUUAGAUGGACGGGGUAAAUUGAGCGGAGUUCAUGCCGGUGUGGUUAUCCUAACGCCACUGGGAGACACAAUACCCAGCGGAAGUCAAAAUUCAGCUGGCUAUACACCUCUCGAACCUCCACCAUCGGUACUAAACACAGUGUACUCUGCAAUCAAAAACGUUUUCUCAACCAACACCCCAUCAAAACAAGACUCCACGAUCGUAGACCAAGUACCGCCACCGCCACAACCCGUUCCGCCUUUCAGACCAAUGGGUUGGGGAGCGGUGAACUCUUACGGAGAACCAGCCAUGGUUGAUAGUUACACGGAUUAUGAUCCUAAUUAUCAAUAUCCUCCUUAUGACUACGCUUCUUCCAAACUCUCCGUCGCUCCAUCCGCCCACAAGCAUGUACAUUCGCAAGGCCUGACCCCAUCGAAAAUCAAAAAGAUUAAUGCAAAUUUAGAUAAGUUGAACGCGUACAUGAAUGAUAACCAAAGGUCUUCAGACGAACAGCCAAGAUUAAAUAAGGAUUAUGCAGAAAUGUUGAAGAAAGGUCUCAUACCGCUUCUACCAACACAAGUUGUCAGUGAUAACGAGAUAGGUGUACUACCAGCUGAAUUCCUGCCUGAUCCGAUGACGUUUACGACGACCACGACAACAACAACCACCCCACCGACGACAACUAGAAAUAGUUCAACUGGAACGGAAAGUACUAGACGGAAGAAAGACACCAAAUUUAUUCUUCGAGGAAACAGGAUUGUUCAAGUGUGACAAUUGACUAUUGACUGACAGAGAAUCUCCUCUAUACGGUUCCGUGCUCGACACUGAAAAUUUACAGUACCACCAUUUGUAAAAAAGCCAACAUCAAGUCGAGAUAUUUAUUUUCUUCGACGUCAAGGUCAAUUUUCAAUCGCAUGUAACAAUCUGUUUUUCUUGCUUUUUUGGUCAGCUAAGCUAUUCUGUACAAAUUAAACACUUGGUGCUCGAUCCGUAAAAUAUUGAAAUCCGGUU